UAGUUUACUGGUCACAUCGAAAUUGUAACGCCUGCGCAAUGUUUGUAUUUAUUUGUUCAUGACUCAGCUCAAGGUUUAGCCAAGGCCAUCUAUAGAGGUUUAGCUUUGCGUUGGUGUUUGUUGCUGUCUUGCUUAUUUUAGGGGUUUCAGCCUACCCAUCAGCAAUGAAUAGACUGUUUGGAAGCUCCAAGCCCAAGCAGCCUCCACCAAAUCUUAACGACUGCAUUGGAAAUGUGGACAGCAGAGCGGACUCGGUGGAGAAGAAGGUGGCGCGGCUGGACGCCGAGCUGCGCAAGUACAAGGAGCAGAUGAAGAAGAUGAGGGACGGCCCCGGCAAGAACGCCGUCAAACAGAAGGCCAUGCGGGUGCUCAAACAAAAGAAAAUGUACGAGUCCCAGCUGGACAACCUGCGCCAGCAGUCGUUCAACAUGGAGCAGGCCAACUACGCCACCCAGUCGCUCAAGGACACCCAGGCCACCGUGGUGGCCAUGAAGGCCGGCGUCAAACAGAUGAAGAAGGAGUUCAAGAACAUCAACAUUGACGACAUCGAGGACAUUCAGGACGACAUGGCCGACAUGCUGGAGCAGUCUGAGGAGGUGCAGGAGGCGCUCGGACGCAGCUACGGCACCCCCGAGCUGGACGACGACGAACUGGAGGCCGAGCUGGACGCGCUGGGCGACGACCUGGCGCUGGACGACGACCUCAGCUACCUGGACGAGGCCAGCAAGGCGCCCGAGAUUCCCGGCACCGAGCCGGGCGCCGCCUCCGUCAGCCAGGACGGCGUCGUGCUGGACGAGUUCGGACUGCCCAAGAUCCCCGAACGUGCGCAGUGAUUGGCCGGUGCCGGGCGGACCAGAGCCGCGAUUGGUGGACGCAGACUGAGGUCAGGCCGUGAUUGUUGGACACAGAUUGAGGUCAGGCCGUGAUUGGGGGUUCACCGGUUCAGUGUGUGGGAAAGGUGUGAUUGGUGGAGUCAAGUCGUGGUCGGGCCGUGAUUGGUGGAGACGGACAGUGCUCGGGAUGUGAUUGGUGCGCCUUGACCGUGGAGGAUGAAAGUGCUUGUUAGGCCUAGUGUGUGAGAACCGCAUUAGUUGGUGUAAUACCUGACGCAGUCGAUAUAAUUGAUAGCAUAUUAUGGUCAGUCUGGGUAAGACUAUUUCAGACACAGAAAAUUAUAUUAGUUUUAUCUCUUAGGGUGCUUCAGAUAGUCUACAGACAGCCUGCAUUCACGCUCUUUCACUUGACUGCCCUUUCAUUGGGGAUUCACUUAUUGUCGCAGAGUGUGGAUCACCACCACUUGGAUAUUGUCACGGGAUAUUGUCACAGUCAUGUGUGUUUAGAUGUCCUUCUGUUCACUGAAGCACUGUCAAAGGCGUGUUCAGCGUGCCUCUUUAGAAUUGAUUAUUGAAAUGUAAUCGAGGGGGGAGCAGGGCUCUGAAUGCAAUUCGAGCGUCCUUCGUCCGCGCGUUAUGUUCCGCCGUUAUAUGCUCGGGAAGGGGGGGGGGGGUAACUUAGGGUGUGCUGUGACCGCCCGUCACAUUGCCUUUAUCGCCACUACACUGUGACUGACGGAUAGUUCACACGCGGUCCAGUGGCUGUCCGUGAGCUGAGCGAGUCUCGCUUUCUCUGUGUGAUCGGUAUCGCGACGGUAUCUUUUCAGCUCGCCGUUUCUUCAGUGUAUGUAUAAAGCUAACACUCGUCUUUAAUAGUAAGAAGGCUGGUUGCUUUACCAUUUGCUACUUGUUUCCACAAUACUCUAAACUUAAACUGCAUUAUUUUACGACUUUUUUAGUGUCAAAAAGUUGAGCUUUUCCUGUGAAAUAGUCGAAAUAUAGUUUGGAGUCUA